CGCACCUGGCCAACCCACGCCAGUGAAGUCGUGCUCCUACAUGCUAUCUGAAAGGCUCUGGAGCGGAAUCAGGUUCCCGUGGGUGGGUAUUGUGGAUUAAAACCCUCGCGGGGUUUAAUACGUGUAAUUUGUGGAUUAAUGACUGUUAUGGAGCUGCCAGGGAGAUGUAUGCUAUUCGCAGCGCUCGUGAUGAGCGUUCCUCGUCCUGCGUGUUCAGGAUGUGAGAAUCGGGUGUGUAAUCCUCGCAUGGGGAACCUGGCAGUCGGGCGUCCUGUACAGACAGUUUCUCAGUGUGGCUCAACCUCUCCAGAACGCUACUGUAACUACAAAAUGGGUAGUUGUGUGUUGCAUUGCGAGGUGUGUGAUGCUUCGGUAGCGCAUCGUGCGCACCCACCCGCCUCCAUGACAGACUCGCCCUUCAAACACCCGGCGACCUGGUGGCAGUCCUCUCCGGAGACUGCCGUUGAAACUCUACAGCUGGAUUUAGAGGUGGAGUUUUACUUCACCCAUCUCAUUAUCAUAUUCCGGUCGCCACGCCCUGCUGCCAUGGCAAUCGAGCGCUCGCAGGACUUCGGGCACACGUGGAGCGCUCUGAUGCUGUAUGCGCACAACUGCAGUGAAGUGUUCAGGCUGGAGGAUGGACAGCGCUGCACUCAGAAAUACUCCACAGCAUCGCCUUGCAGCAAUGGAGAGGUAAUUUACCGUGCUCUGUCGCCCUGGGACAAACUGGAUCCAUACAGCAUUGAUGCCCGAUCCCACCUCGGCAUCACUAACAUACGGAUGCGUCUACUUCAACCGCAGUCCUGCCCCUGCCAGCGUAAACUUCCUGAUGCCAACAUGCCUCCUGCCCACUAUGCCAUCUAUGACCUCAUCUUAAAGGGAGGCUGUUUGUGCCACGGGCAUGCAGACCAGUGUGUGCCUGCUGGUGACCGACACAUCUCACACCCUCCGAGCAAACACAUGGUUCACGGUAAAUGUGUGUGUCGGCAUCACACGGCUGGGGAUCACUGUGAACGCUGUGAUCGUCUUUACAACAACCGACCAUGGCAACCAGCUAACGGUUUAACCGGAGAAGCUCAACAGUGUGUUAAGUGUAAAUGUAACGGCCACGCUGAGAGUUGUCACUUUGACGAAAGUGCAUGGCUACGCUCGGGUCAGCGGAGUGGCGGUGUGUGUGACUGCCUCCACAACACCAGCGGCCGCCACUGCCAGCACUGCCAGAGCGGCUUCUACAGAGACCCCGAGAGACCCUUCACUGCCCCGGGCUCCUGCAGAUCUUGCAUGUGUAACCAUGUUGGUUCCACAAGUUGUAACCCUGAUAAUGGAGACUGCAUCUGUAAGCCAGGGGUGGCCGGGCCACACUGUGACCAGUGCAUGCUGGGAUACUGGGGUUUCGAUGAAUAUGGUUGCAAGCCCUGCCAGUGUGCUGGCGAUUGUGACCCGUACACAGGAGACUGUAUGAUUAGGUCUGAAUCAGAUCCCAACAGCACGGCAGAAAAUCAUCUUUUCCGAACAGAAGAGCUUUUCUCCGCCCUUAGUCAUCCAGACAAAUGUGUAUGCAAACAGCAAGCCCUUGGAAACAGCAAAAUGUUCUGCAACGUAAAAUAUGCUUAUGCAGUGAAGGUGAGAGUGCUCGGUGCUCAUGAUAAGGGCUCUCAUGCAGAAGUGGAUGUUAAGGUUCUCAAGGUGUUGUGGGAUAACUCGCGCCUUAGGCUCUCUCGUGGAAAUCGAACUCUUUAUCCCGAGUCUUGGACGUCACGAGGCUGCACCUGCCCUGUACUUUUCCCAGGGAUGGAAUAUCUUGUAGUUGGACACGAGGAUGUGAGAAAAGGCCGUCCCAUGGUUAACAUGAAGAGUAUAGUGAAGCCAUGGAGACCCAGCUUGAGCCAAAAAGUCCAUCAGCUUCUGAAAACGAAAUGUAGUUCAAAGACCUAGAGUCUCCCAUGCUACCUGUCAACUUAGCCUUUAUUUUAUUAUGACCAUUUUCACCCUCUGAAUCAAUUCUUUAAAACAGUGGUUCUCAACCGUUGCGACUUUUGUCCAAGACAAAAUUCGGAGACCCU